AUGCACGAAUCUGCAAGGCUCGGGGCGCGUUUGCUAAUUUGGGACACUUAUGGCGUCAAAGCGGCAUAUCGCUUAAUCUCAAGGGACGUAUGUAUCAGGCUACAGUCCGAGCUGUUUUGUUGUAUGGCUGAGACUCUGACUGUUCGAGUAGCUGAACUGAUAUGUCUUCAGGCGUUCGACAAUCGUUGUCUCAGGACCAUAGCUCGUGUAGAUUGGUGUCGAAGAAUCCGCAACAAGGCAACAAGAAAGCGAGCUUUUGGUUGUGCAACGGGUACUUUCAUCGAAGAAUGUGUCCAGCACCAGGAGCCACGUUGGUUAGGCCACGAAUUGCGCAUGCCGAAACAUCGUUUGCCGAAGAAAGUGCUGUUUUCCGAUGGGGAUCGCCUGAUUCCCACUGCGCCUGGUUGGAGACGCUGGAAGAUAUGGCUGCUAAUCGAUGUCAGUGGCGUUCUCGUCUUAAGCUUCUAUCCAGAUCGCCUGAAUGAAUGUGUGGAGAAAGAAAAGAAACUCAUUGGACAAGCGAAGCAGUCUAAAACCGUUUCUAUUCGACCACCUCUCGCGCCCUUACAUAGAGAAAAUAUGAAUCGUGAACAAGGAUCAAACAGAAUAUCUGUUACAAAGCCAAACAGGCUGAGCAUCACGGAACUUACCGUCAGGGGUGCUAAGCCCGGAGGUCCUUUGAGAGUGUUUGAUCCCACCUGGAUGGUAUCGUCAAGUACUCCGGUUAGCGACGCCCCCCUCACAGGAGGAAAGAAUCCUGCUGCUCCGCGAGCAUCUUCCCCAACCAAGGCCUAUAGGAAAACAUCACAUCCAGAUGGUUCAGAAGCACUCCUGCCCAUGAAAAAAAUAACGCCUCAGUUGUUCAUCACUGAUAGGCGUACACCAAAUCAAAGAAUCCCACGUCCCGUUACAAAACACAACCAUACCUACCCGAAUGGCAUAAAGUCAGACAACGAAGAUGCCACUAUGCUCGACCCUGCAAACUACUCUGCCCUUCAAGGUGCCCUAGAAAUGUUGGACGGCGCUUGUCAAUCAACCGCUGUGGAUGAAAAAUAUACCAGUGAAACCUGUAAAGAAUGUCAUGAUACUCGAUGCUUCCUGGAAGAGAUGGCAUCGGAAAAAAAAGCCAUAAGCGCUUUCUUUAAGGGUCAGAACCAGGGAACCCACGAGCGACCCAACAGAGGCAUCCCUCCAGAAACGUAUUGGCCCGGAUUACGGCAAAAUGAAAAAUUCCGGAAAAUAGUAUUAUCAGAUUCUCCUGACUCCAGUUCCACAGGGAGAUUUUUUUCCAUGUCUUCUGGUAAAUCCACUGAUAAUGAAACCGGAGUCCAAGAAUUUACCGAGCAUAUACGAGGUGUGCUUCGAGGUCGAGUUACCUGUCUAGAUACGAACGGCCUUGAUCUGUUAACAGAAUGUCUUCAUCUGCUGGGCGCUCGACGAAUUACGGCUUCCGAUGCGUUAAAUCAUAACUACUUUGAUGACGUUCUUCCUGGGAACCUAGAUCUACGUAACCUUAGUCCGGAGCACUCAAUUUACGUGAACACCGAUUCAGUCUCAAAACGUAAGAAUGUUCACACUACUGGAAGGAAGUACUUGAACCAACCGAAUGCAAGCAAUAGAUUGAAUAUGCACGCCUCAAGUAUGGAUGACGUCAGGGUGCGAUCGUCUACAUUCGAUCCAGAGGUCAGUUCAAAAGCAGAGUCGGAAAAUCGUUCCGCCCGAAACAGCUGGAUCGACGAUACAGAUCACGCCCAUACAAAUUCCCCAUCAGACACAAGGGCCUUGUUGACGGAUACUCACGAUAUAGAACACCCUUGUGUCGUAAAAGAUUCAACUGCUGGGCCGAAUGAGUCACGUAAAUCUAUUUCAGAAGCCAAAGGAUCGAAAUCCAAAGGCCGUAGGGUCAAAUUUGAGGUCGUCGGUUACGAACUGGGUUCACAAUUCAAUCCUGUGACUAUCACCACUCCGGACAUUUUCAAAAACGACUUGAACUUAAAUCAAAAACAUCUCACUAACGAUAUGACUAGACCGGUACCACACAGACCAUCACUUCAGAGGAUACUGAGCAACUUUGGAAACGGCACAGCCAAACAAUCUUCUGUUUCACAUCGUUCACUGGAACGUGAGGUCUAUAUACGACCAAGUCGAUUGUCCGAAAUUGCGGACAGCGCGUCAGGG